GUGAUGGAUGUGGACACACUGUGCUAGGCCCUGAGAGUGGAACCCUCACAUCCAUCAACUACCCACACACCUAUCCUAACAGCACCGUGUGUGAAUGGGAGAUCCGAGUAAAGAUGGGAGAAAGAAUUCGCAUCAAAUUUGGUGACUUUGACAUUGAAGAUUCUGAUUCUUGUCACUUUAAUUACCUGAAAAUCUAUAAUGGAAUUGGAGUCAGCAGAACGGAAAUAGGCAAAUACUGUGGUCUGGGUUUACAAAUGAAUCAGUCAAUUGAAUCUAAAGGCAGUGAAAUCACAGUGCUGUUCAUGAGUGGAAUCCAUGCUUCUGGACGAGGAUUUUUGGCUUCGUACUCAGUUAUAGAUAAACGAGAUUUAAUCACUUGUUUGGAUAAUAUAACUAAAUUUUGGGAACCUGAAUUCAGUAAAUACUGCCCAGCUGGCUGUCUCCUCCCUUUUGCUGAAGUAUCUGGAACAAUUCCUCAUGGAUACAGAGAUUCUUCACCAUUGUGCAUGGCUGGAAUCCACGCAGGAGUAGUGUCGAAUGUCCUAGGAGGCCAGAUCAGUGUUGUGAUUAGCAAAGGUACCCCGUACUAUGAAAGCUCUUUGGCUAACAACGUCACUUCCAUGGUGGGCUAUUUAUCUCCAAGUCUGUUUACAUUCAAGACAAGUGGCUGUUAUGGGACUCUGGGGAUGGAAUCGGGUGUGAUUGCCGAUCCCCAGAUAACAGCGUCAUCUGUGCUGGAGUGGACUGACCACAUGGGGCAGGAGAACAGCUGGAAGCCGGAGAAGGCCAGGCUGAGAAAACCUGGGCCUCCCUGGGCUGCUUUUGCCACUGAUGAGCAUCAGUGGCUGCAAAUCGACCUGAAUAAGGAGAAGAAAAUAACAGGUAUUGUAACCACUGGAUCUACCAUGGUAGAACACAAUUACUAUGUGUCUGCCUAUAGAGUUCUGUACAGUGACGAUGGGCAGAGAUGGACUGUGUAUAGAGAGCCUGGUAUGGAGCAGGACAAGAUAUUUCAAGGAAACAAAGAUUAUCACAAGGAUGUUCGUAAUAACUUUUUGCCACCAAUUAUUGCACGUUUCAUUAGAGUGAACCCUGUCCAAUGGCAACAGAAAAUUGCCAUGAAAGUGGAACUCCUCGGAUGUCAGUUUACUCUCAAAGGCCGUCUUCCAAAGCUUACUCAGCCUCCACCACCUCGGAACAGCAAUAACCUCAAGAACACUACAGCUCCUCCCAAACUAGGUCGUGUACCUAAAUUUAACCAAGCACUUCAGCCUCGAAGUAGGAAUGAACUUCCUGCACAGACAGCACAGACAACUGCUACUCCUGAUAUAAAAAAUACAACUGUAACUCCCAAUGUAACCAAAGAUGUCGCACUGGCUGCCGUUCUUGUUCCUGUGCUGGUCAUGGCCCUCACCACACUCAUCCUCAUUCUGGUGUGUGCUUGGCACUGGAGAAACAGAAAGAAGAAAACAGAAGGCACCUAUGACUUACCACACUGGGAUCGGGCAGAAUUGGUCUCUGUAAGUAAUACAUGGUCCCUGGCUUACAAUCACAAUGAAGGUUGGUGGAAAGGAGUGAAGCAGUUUCUCCCUGCCAAAUCCCUGGAACAUGAGGAGACUCCAGUUCGAUACAGCAAUAGUGAAGUUAGUCACUUGAGUCCGAGAGAAGUCACCACAGUGCUACAAGCUGAUUCUGCAGAAUACGCACAGCCCCUCGUGGGAGGAAUUGUUGGCACACUCCAUCAAAGAUCUACCUUUAAGCCUGAAGAAGGAAAAGAAGCAGGCUACGCGGACCUAGAUCCUUACAACUCUCCAGUGCAGGAAGUGUACCAUGCCUAUGCUGAACCGUUGCCCAUAACAGGGCCUGAGUAUGCGACCCCGAUCGUCAUGGACAUGUCAGGGCAUCCCACAGCCUCAAUUGGUCUGCCCUCUACAUCCACUUUCAAAUCGGCAGGGAACCAACCACCUCCCGCUUUAGUGGGGACUUACAACACACUCCUCUCCAGGACUGACAGUUGCUCCUCCUCGGGCCGGGCUCAGUACGACACCCCGAAAGGCGGGAAGCCAGCCGCUGCCCCAGAGGAACUGGUGUACCAGGUACCACAGAGCACCCAGGAAGUAGCAGGAGCAGGAGGGGAUGAGAAGUGUGAUGUUUUUAAAGAAAUCCUUUGACGGUGGUGCUGCUUUUUACAAAGCAUCCAUUUAAAGCACAUGGCUUUUUUCAUUUGUAGUGGUAGUAAUAGUAGAAUGUAUUACGUAUCUGUCACUGAAGUGGUUAGGGGAAUGUGGUGACCGAGGUACAAGAAACUACUUAUCUUGUCAUCUUGCUUUAAAGGUGUUACUGUGUGGCACAUUUACAGCUUGCCUGUUACAUUUCAAACAUCCUGUUUGUUACUACUGUAAAACACUAUUUUUAAUACAGAAAAAACUCCCUAUCAUGCACUUCAAAGAACCUGAAAAAAAAAAUCACUGAGUAUUUAUUACCAAUGCUGCAGGUACAUUAAUGAACUUGAGAUGGUUCUGUAAGCCUUGCUGGCAAUAAUGCAUGGUACUGUUCUUGAAAUAUCAAAUGGCUUGAAAAUUCUCCCUUUGUGAAAGGUAGGUACUAUCAUGUUCUCCUCUUUCCACCCUGCAUCACUGUCUGCAAUCUUUUUUCUUCAAAACAGCAAUCCAUAAACAUUGUCCUAGCUGCAGCCGUGUACACUGCUCUUUAUUUCCUUAGGAAGGUGCAUAGCUGGAGCACCCUACCUUGCAGUACACUGGGUGACAGACUUCUCGUGUGAUGACACUGUUCUUAACACCUGGUGGCACAGGUCUCACCUAUGCUCAUCCCACCCAGGACAUCUUGUGGCCUUGCUCAAACCUUUGUUUAUAAAUGCUGGUGGCCUCUUUUUCAGUAGGCAGUCUCUCCCAGUUGUUAAGUCUACAUCUUCCUAUGGAGAUGAGAGAGAAGCAACUUACAAUUUAGAAAAGCAGUAAAGGGAAUAAUCCUUCUGCUUCACUCUGCAGUGAUACUUAAAUUACUUUAUGAAAGAACUGGAGACUAAAGCUUAAUUAACCUCCUUGGUUUUUAUCUACACACAAGCCCAAAUGCAAAACUUUUCUCUGAGUCCCAAGGUAUGUUAUAAUUUCAGUCAUACCUUUUUUCAAUUUUCUCCAGUAAACUAAUAUAAGAAAAAGAAAACCAAUGUGAACUAGACCUGAUUGAUGGCUCAGGCCUGAAGUCCUAAGUACCUGGGAGGCUGAGGUGAGAGUUUGAGGUCUACAGCGUAAGUUCAGGAUUAACCUAGGUCACUCAUAAAAUCCUGUCUCAAAAUAAGACGGGUGUGGGGAUAUGUCUCAGUGGCUUGUGCUUGCCUACAGCAUGAGUGAGGCCCUAGAUUCAAUCCUAGUACUACAAAAGAGCUAACAUGCAUUCUUCAGUUCUGUGUGAUUCUGUGGGAGGAGACCUAAGUGGUCCUUUGUGUCAGACCUGGCCAAACGAUGGCAGAGCAUCGGAACUAUAUGUGAUUCUUCCCAGCAACUUACUUGUCGCUGCUUGAGCAUGGCCUGCCCUGCACUUGUUUCAGAUAGGGUAAAUCAGACAUUGUAAUGAAUUAGCCUGUAGUGCAGAAAUCACCUUCUAACAUCUGUUGGCUGGCAAGAUAACCGAGGAGCCAUCAGAUGUAGACAUAGAACUUCGUAUUGCUGUCCACAAACCAGUUUGUUGGUUUAGUUUUAAAGUAUACUGGGCCAUCAGGCCCUGGUCAUUUUUCUCAGCUUGUACCAUCCAGGUUACACAUAUUGACAAACUUGACUAAAUUUGGAUAAUGGUAAACAGUAUUGACUUUGCUUCCUUCCACAAAUACAUCAGUAUUGUAAAACAUUGCUUCAGAAACAGAACUGUUUGAUUCUGCAGGUUGUCUCCUCCUCCUCCAAUUGUGUUGUUUUUAUUGUAAUUUCCUUUUAUUUUGCAGACUGAGGCACCAUUACACUCACUGAAAAAUCAAUGCAUAUUUUGUUUCAGAGUAAUGAAGCAAAAAGCACAGAUAUUGAACUUGUACUGAAACAUUAAAGAAUGUGUAAAGCACACAAUGUAGUUGUCCCCUUUCAGGUGGGAACGAAGUAAACCACUUGCUGUUUUUUUCAUGCUUAGUAUGCAGAAUAGAGUUUUCUUGGAGUCAGAUUCCCGUUGGUAGCUUUAAGAGAGACAUUUGGAAGAUGAAGUCAUUUUCCCAAAGAAGCUUGCUAUUUUGUGUAACUGUGUCUCAGAUAACUUUCCCCAGAACUUUUUAAAAAUAAGUUCUCCAUGCUUUCUGGUAUGAUAUUGUAAGACUUGAUUCAUAUUGCCACUGUGCUGUCUUUGAACUCUACCAAUGGUUUUCACAAACACCUGGUUGUUUUUACAUAUUUUCAACUUUGCAGAUGAAGAGCUGAGCCUCAUUCAAAUGAUUUUUUUCUGGUUUUGUAUUUUUACUUUGGUUUUAUAUUAUAGAUUGUUUUGGGUUCUCGGUCACUUACAUGUCUGAUACAGAGCUUUGGAAGACAAUCAAGUAAAAUGUGAAAGGAACCAUUUCUUGACCAAAUUCCUUGAUAUGUUUUUUAGUUCUUUGCUUGAAAUACUUAAGUCACUGUGGUGUAUCUGGUUUUUCUUUUCCAGAUAACACACUUAUAGGAAUAUGUAGACAGCAGUGUGGCAAGCGUGACCUUUGGAGGUUUCAUAAAAUUGUACCGACUUGGCUGUUGCUUGCUUCUUGGAACCAGUACAGAUUAAAGAGGUUGUGAAUUCUGGUUUGCAUUUUAUUAAAUGCUGUUUAGAUCCAAGUAGUUCCUGUCAAAUGUGCCAGGUCUAGUCCAGUUAUUUAAUUCAUGUUUCACUAUUUGCACUUUGCAUUGAACAAUGGUCUAUUCGCUGUUCACUUAGAGAAUUUAUACAGUCAUUAUGGUUAUGGUGUGUUCUAUGUAUGUGCUUCUCCUCUCCCUGUCCCAGGGACAAAGCACUAAAUAAGGAUGUGGCCACAAAGCUGUGGUCAGGGAUUGAGUAGGAGCUUCUUUGCCUUGGCUCCGCAUUGUCACCUGGAAAGUAGAAAACCAAGGCAGACGAGACCACUUUAGAAAGAACCCAGAGACUAUGGGGGGACACUGGGAGGUUUCCAGACCCUCUGUGGAGAACUGAUGAAGCUCUGUGUAGGAGUUGUUAAUUCUACCUUUUGGUUUUGAACUUGAAGUCCCUAAACUGCAAAAUCUAGUGAGUUGGAUGGUUCGAGUGUGUUUAGGUUAACUGUGGCACCAAUUUUUAUUUAGUCCAGCUUGUGUGUAGUUUCUCUUGUUUUCCAUUUUUGGCACUAGGAAUGGUAAAAAUAAAACAUGUAUUGAAAUACAGAGGAAGUGAAAAUGGCUUGAGUGUCAGUUAUAUUCUCCCAGAAUGUAUUUUUCUUACCUCGGCAUGUACUGUAGUCACUUGAUAUCUGUAUAUGUUGCUAGAAUUUAGGCUGUUUAAAAUAGUAAGAUUCUAAUGUGUUUUUAAUAAAUUAUAUGUGUGUCUUGCUCAGAUUAUUUGGAUUAAAUAAAACACCGUUGACAUCA